UGUACAGGGUGGUUGCCAAAAUCAUUCUCCCGUCAAUUCAACGCUUAUCUGUCUUUCAUAAACAAUAAUUGAUUGUAAACCUGCGAGUUUCCAGAACCGCCCAUAGGAAUUUUAUUGUAGGGUUGCUCAGAAAUAUCUCGUGUCCGUGUGACUUUGGUCACGUGGUCACGAGGCGACUUACAUCACAGGCGCCUGGGGCGAGUCAAGCUCCACCCCCCGCCCGCGCUGGCGGCCAAAAAGCCUGGAUACUGGAAAAGCUUACGGUGGAGGAAUUUUUGCCGAUUUUUGAAGAUUUUGGAACCAUAGAUUGCGAAUACUUCCUCCAAAACGACACACUUGAAGUUACACACGUCAGUGUGUUCUGUUUUCUGACCGUGAAAAUCAGCGAAGUCUUUCGUGAACUUGGUUUUUGCUUUAUGCGAAGGCUAGUCUGGACUAGCGCUAUAUUUCUACCGGAAAUGUUUUCAUGAACUGUACACUUCGUAACGCGCUUCCACUGAAUUCGAAAUGUGUUUUAACCCUCCAGUGAAUGACAUUGCAAUAAUUUGCUAAUUUAGUUUGGUUGGAGAAUUUCUUUAUUUCCACAUUGGAAACAUGGAAUUUUACGAGCCACGUUCGCAAAAUGUGCAGCUGAAUGGCGUCACACCAAUAGACCCAGAUGCCCAGAGCACUAAUGGCCCCUCUGUGGAUCGGUAUGGUUUUGUAGGACAGCACAAACAAGCCUCUGAGGCAAACAAUGAUGUAGCCGCAGAUGUUUACAGACAUAGAGAGCUAAAGUGGGUUGAAAUGCUACAAAACUGGGACAAGUGGAUGGCAAAGAAAUUUCCAAAGGUGAAGGAAAGAUGUCGCAAAGGUAUUCCAUCUUCUGUUCGUGGGCAUGCAUGGCAGAACUUAUCAGGAAGUAUGGAACUAAAGAAUCAAAAUAAUGGAGUGUUUGAAACACUUGUGGAGAGAGAAUCCCCAGAUUGGGAGAAAAUAAUUGAAAAGGACCUGAGUAGAACCUUUCCAUUUCAUGAGCUGUUUUCUGAAAAGAAUGGCCCAGGGCAGAGGGAUUUGUUUAACAUCUUGAAAGCAUACGCAAUAUAUGACCCUGAAACAGGUUACUGUCAGGCAAUGGCUCCAGUGGUAGCAGUCCUACUAAUGCACAUGACAGCAGAGGAAGCUUUCUGGUGUUUUGUGAUGAUUUGUGAUAGGUACAUUCCUGGAUAUUACAGCCCCAAAUUAGAGGCAGUCCAGAUGGAUGGGGCUUUAUUUGGUGGUUUAUUGGAUAAAUAUGUGCCUCAUGUAGCAAAACAUAUGAAAACUCACCACAUAGACCCAUUAAUGUAUAUGACUGAAUGGUUCAUGUGUCUGCUAGCAAGGAACCUUCCAUUUGCUACUGUACUUCGUGUAUGGGACAUGUUUUUUUGUGAAGGAAUGAAAGUACUGUUCAGAACUACUCUGGCAAUAAUGAAGUUAGCUCUUACUCCAAAGGAUCUUCCACGCUGUCAAGGGUUAUUUGAAACGAAUGAGAGACUAAGACGUUUACCAAUGACGUUAAUGCAAGAGGACUCCCUUGUACCUGUGUCCCUAAGUUUAAAGCUUUCCAUAAAAGACCUUCGGAGGGAGCAUGAGCAUCAGUUUUCUAAACGACCAAAAGGAAAGUCAGAAGCUGGUGAACUCAGAUGACAUCAAUCAACUACUGCGCCGGAUACCAGAGUUGCAGCCAAUUCAUUGUCGACGAAAUCACAAGAGUAACGCUUUGAUCUGUGGGAGAAGAUUUAAAACAGAGAUAACAAACAAAAUCUUGAAAUAUUUGUGUUUUACAAUAGGCAGGCUGCUCUCGGUUUUUAUCUUUGGUUUUUAUCAAUUCUGAUAGUUCGUCAACUACAUCCACUGUAAUUUGUUUAGAAUCGUCAAGCCUUCAGUCUGAUUUUUUAACAUCGGACCGGUUUAUAGUUUUUAACAGAAAUAAUCUGUAUAAUAUGGAAACAAUAUGUAUUUAACGAACAUUGUAUGAAUUAAAUAAUUUAGUAAUAAACAGACCCAGUAUCAA